AUGAAAGCAAUCACGGUGUUCCUGAAAAUCGGGCUACUCGCAGUGGUCAGCAGCCUGAGGACGCCAGACGUGAAGAGGAGGAGCCAAGAAAUUGUCCCGAAGGGGAACCCCAAUUGUCUCCUGACGGAAUUAAAAAGAAAAGGAACAAGACGAAUUUACACAAACAUAAAUUUCCAUAAUAUUGAUAAAAGUAUAAAAAACGAAAUAAUAAAAAAAAAAGAAUUUAAUUAUAACGACACGAUAGCAGAUAAAUUAAGGAAACUGAAAAAGUUGAAAAAUGUAUUGAAUCAAUACAGCUUACGGAUUAAUAAAGAGGACUUAGACAAUUUAAAAGAAAGAACAAAACAUUUAGUGAAAACGAAUUUUGAUUUCACCAGAAGUUAUUAUGUACAUGUUUACAAUAAGUUGAAGGAGGAUUCUGGAUUAAUUUUCGAUAAGCUAAAAUAUGGAUGUAAUAUUUUUUAUGAUUACGUUGGGAGUAGCUACUUGUUCAAUGUCAUACAGAACUAUUAUCUUAACUUCCCCCUGUUGAGUAAGUCCAGUUGUCUACCUAAAAUGGUUAAUUAUAAUUCAGUUAACUUUCUAUUCAUCUUAUUUACCUUCCUAUAUUUCAAGAGCGACUUAAUUUACAGCCUUUUUAAAAAAAAAUAUGCAUUCAUUGGAGAGUUCAGAAAUGUGAAGACAGACCGACUUGUGAAGAUGCAUACCUUGUCCACUUUGAUUUUCUUUUUUUAUAAAUUUUUUGUGUUGCGCUUAUUUUUUGUUUUGAAUUCAUACAGUUUUUUUUCACGAAAGUUAUCCAUGCUAAAUAAUGUGGUGCACGUGCUUUUUUUCUCCUUUUUGUCUGUCUACCCCUACUUCCUCGUGCAGGCCAACUGGGGGAGUUUCCACUUGCUCGGCUCGCGCAGAAGUAAAAUCCUCGGAGGGGUCGUGCUCGCUCACCUGCUCCUCAUCUAUACGCGACUCAUGUGCCAGAACAACUGGACCUUCCUUAAAAAGUGGACGGACGAGCAUUUUUUUAACCGGGACGAAGUCAUGAGGGCUCUCAAGGAAGACCAGAAGACCGAGUUCUACGUCAACCUCCUCAACCAGUACAGCUUUCUCAAGAGGCUCUAUCUCGGGAACAACAAGUUCUACGAGAUCCUGCUCCAUCUACAUAAAUACAAGUACCUCCUCGAUAUAAUUUCGCCCAUCAAUUCCUUGUUCUACAUAUACAUCGCGCACUCGGCCUACUACUACCUGAACAAUUUAUCCUUUGCGGGCAUUUACAUUUCUUCCUUUUCUCUGGCCCUCUUCCUGCUGAAUGUUUUAUCGAACAAAAUCGACAUGUACUUCUUGACCCGCACCUAG